AUGGAGAAUAACAACUGGUUCACAGUUUUCCCAGCGUUAUCGCUCAAUGUAGCACAGAAUUAUCUUGUCACAGAUCUUUGCCUGGAGACUCCAUCUGUUGGCGUUGCUCCCGCGUCAUAUGACCAGUUCAAGGACAGUAGUACAGGCUGGGAGACUCAGGGGUUUCUGUCCCCUUUCCAAGGUUUAGGUGCUGUACCCGACGACAUCAAAGACCUUUUGCCUGCGGACUGCAGAGCGGCCUUCGAUCAAGCUCUAGACAGAGAAAGAAACUGGUUUGGUCGGUGGGGAGACGAGAAGGCUGCAAUGUGUCGCCGUGAGCCUACCAUAGACAAGGCUAUCGUGCCUUACGCUAUGACGCUGUAA